GGAGAGCGAGGUGAAAGGCUGAAGUUAAACGUUUCUCCCUCCCUCUCACCUCGAUCCCCCCCCCCCCCUCCCUCCUUCCUUCCCUCCCGUUGUCUUGCCGACCCGAUCCGUACCUUGCAGCCCGGCCGUGCCUGCUUUCCGAAUUCCCUCGAGACACGCAGCCGGCGAGAGAAGCGGGCCUCCGCUGCAGCUCGGCCACCCUCCCCUUUGUUGGGGGAGGGGGGGGUGGGGUGGGGGCUGGUGUUGGCGUAGAGGCGAAGGCGGCAGAAACAGCGAUCAAAAGAACAACAAACUGUCAGCGGGGGCCUCGCGCCGAAUCGGCGCGUCAUGGAUAAUCUAAAUGAUGCCCUACAAAAACUGAAGCUAACUGCUGCUGAUGGUACAUCAGAUAAUGUAGAGGGAUGUCUUGACUGUUUACUCCAAGCCCUGGCUCAAAACAAUGCGGAAACCAGUUUAAAGGUCCAGGAGAGUGGAAUCCUUCAAGUUUUCCCACGUCUGUUGUCUCCACAUUGUUCCUGUGUAGCAAAAGUAGCAAACAUCAUAGCAGAAAUAGCCAAAAAUGAAUUCAUGCGAAACCCAUGUGUGGACACAGCAUUGAUACCACCUUUGGUUCAGCUGUUGAAUAACAGAGAUCAAGAAGUGCUUCUUCAAACGGGACGUGCCCUGGGGAACAUUUGCUAUGAUAGCCAUGAGGGCAGGAGUGCAGUUGACCUAUCUGGUGGCGCACAGAUAGUAGUUGACCACUUACAGACACUAUGCAGUAAUAUUGAUGCGGCCAAUCAGAAGCUCUUGACUGUCUUUUGUGGCUUCCUGUUGAACUAUAGCAAUGAUAAUGAUUCCCUGCAGGCCCAGCUGAUAAACAUGGGAGUCAUUCCUACUUUGGUUCAGUUAUUAGGAAUACAUUCUCAGCAUACAGCACUGACAGAAAUGUGCUUGGUUGCAUUUGGUAACCUAGCAGAGAUAGAGUCCAGUAAAGAGCAGUUUGCAUCAACUAAGAUUGCAGAUGAACUUGUAAAACUCUUCAAAAAGCAAACUGAACAUGAGAAGAAAGAGAUGAUUUUUGAAGUCCUCGCUCCAUUGGCAGAACAUGAUGUCAUCAAACUACAGCUGGUUGAUGCAGGAUUAGUAGACUGUCUGCUGGAACUUGUCCAAGAGACUGUGGACAGUAAUAAAGAAGAUGAUAUCUCUGAGCUUAAAACAGCUUCUGAUCUCAUGGUAUUACUGCUUUUGGGUGAUGAAUCUAUGCAGAAGCUGUUUGAUGCUGGUAAAGGCAGUGUCUUUCAAAAAGUGCUGUCAUGGCUUCCUUCAAAUAACCAUCAGCUGCAACUCGCUGGAGCACUGGCCAUUGCAAAUUUUGCAAGGAAUGAUGGAAACUGUAUUCACAUGGUGGAAAUUGGAAUUGUGCAGAAGCUAUUAGAUUUAUUGGAUAGGCACGUGGAGGAGGGGAAUGUGACAGUACAACAUGCUGCACUUAGUGCACUCAGAAAUCUGGCUAUUCCUGUAUUAAAUAAAGCUAAGAUGCUGUCAGCAGGAGUUGCAGAGCAAGUGCUGAAAUUUCUCAAGUCUGAGAUGCCACCCGUCCAAUUCAAACUACUUGGAACAUUACGCAUGCUAAUUGAUGCGCAAGCUGAAGCAGCUGAUAAGCUGGGGAAGAACAUUAAACUGGUGGAGCGUUUGGUAGAAUGGUGUGAUGCGAAAGAUCAUGCAGGCGUCAUGGGUGAAUCGAACAGGCUGCUAUCUGCACUUAUCAGACACAGUAAAUCAAAGGAUGUUGUCAAGACCAUUGUUCAAAGUGGUGGUGUUAAGCAUUUGGUCACUAUGGCAACCAGCGAACAUGUUAUAAUGCAGAAUGAAGCUCUUGUUGCUUUGGGACUGAUUGCUGCUCUGGAACUUGGUACAGCUGAACAAGAUCUGGAGAACGCAAAACUUGUGGAAAUUCUGCAUAAAUUACUUUCUGAUGAUACCAGUGCACCUGAAAUAAAGUACAACUCAAUGAUAAUGAUUUGUACCAUAAUGGGAUCAGACCUUCUGAGGAAGGAAGCACAAAAUAUGCCAUUCAAAGAGGUCAUGUCAAAGCUUCGUCGCCACGAGAAUAAACUUGUAGCCCAGCAGGCAUUAGUGACGGAGCAAAGAUUGAUUAUUGAAAGCUGAGAUUUGUUCCUGUUUUCCUGUUCUUCAGUGUCUUGUCACUGGGUCACCUUUGUCUGCUGUGAAAUGCUCCAGCAGCACCCUUGCUUCUCACUUGUCGUGCAUGCAUUAGAUUGGUCCAGUCUUGACAAACAAACUGGGACCAAGGUACUUUCAGCUGUAAGCUGUGGUUUUAAAAAAAACUUAGCCAUUUGUCAUGCCAUGUCCAUUUAAUGUCCCUUAUUGCCUGAAGCAAUGUGGUAGAACUUGCAUGUUGUAGUAAAAUAACAAUGUGACAAUGUUUAUAGAAAAAAAUGCACACCUCCCAUACAGCUAUCCCAUUCCGUACAGCACUGUAAAGCUAUCAACUGGGGAUAAUGCAGGAUGCAGAAAUUAAACCUGAGUUUUCCUUUAUAUUCAGAUGUUGAAGCUUGCUUCAUUCUUAACGCUUCCAAAAGCCUCAAAAAAAAAGUGGAAAAAUAAACUAGCGUGCAUCAUCAGUCCUUCCAAGUGUCCAGAUGUUGGCUGUUAAUGAUGUAAAAUCAUGGUACCUAGAAUUAAUAAAUUAAAUCUCGAGUUCC